CGGGCGCCGCCCCCUGCUCGGGCGGCGGCGGCGGCGGCGCGCGCGGGGCGAUGGCGGACAGCGCCAGCGAGAGCGACACCGACGGCGGCGGCGGCAGCGGCGGCACCGCGGGGCCGCUGUCGGGGGGCGGCCCGGGCGCGGGGCCCGGCUGCGGCGCGGCGGGCGGCAGCGGCGGCUCCUCGGGGGGCGGCAAGGCGGGCGGGAUCGUGAUCUCGCCGUUCCGGCUGGAGGAGCUGACGAACCGCCUGGCCUCGCUGCAGCAGGAGAACAAGGUGCUGAAGAUCGAGCUGGAAACCUACAAGCUCAAGUGCAAGGCGCUGCAGGAGGAGAACCGCGACCUGCGCAAGGCCAGCGUCACCAUCCAAGCAAGGGCAGAGCAAGAAGAGGAAUUCAUCAGUAAUACUCUAUUUAAGAAGAUUCAAGCUCUGCAGAAAGAAAAAGAAACACUUGCAGUAAACUAUGAAAAGGAAGAGGAAUUUCUCACUAACGAGCUCUCAAGAAAACUGAUGCAGCUGCAACAUGAGAAAGCUGAACUGGAGCAGCAUUUAGAACAGGAACAGGAAUUUCAAGUGAACAAACUGAUGAAGAAGAUUAAAAAACUGGAAAAUGAUACAAUUUCGAAGCAGCUCACCCUGGAGCAGCUAAGACGUGAGAAGAUUGACCUUGAAAAUACUUUGGAACAGGAACAAGAAGCACUAGUGAAUCGUCUCUGGAAGAGGAUGGAUAAGCUUGAAGCAGAAAAACGAAUUUUGCAGGAGAAAUUAGACCAGCCGGUGUCUGCUCCACCAUCACCCAGAGACAUAUCAAUGGAGAUAGACUCUCCAGAAAAUAUGAUGAGACAUAUCAGGUUUUUGAAGAAUGAAGUAGAGAGGUUAAAGAAACAACUGAGAGCUGCACAGUUACAGCAUUCAGAGAAGAUGGCACAAUACUUAGAAGAAGAGCGACAUAUGAGAGAAGAAAACUUGAGACUUCAAAGAAAACUACAGAGGGAAAUGGAACGCAGGGAAGCUCUCUGCAGACAACUGUCAGAAAGUGAAUCCAGCUUAGAAAUGGAUGAUGAAAGAUAUUUUAAUGAGAUGUCUGCACAAGGAUUAAGACCUCGCACUGUGUCCAGUCCUAUCCCUUAUACACCCUCACCAAGUUCUAGCAGACCUAUAUCACCUGGUCUGUCAUAUGCAAGUCACACAGUUGGUUUCACACCACCAACUUCACUGACUAGAGCUGGAAUGUCUUACUACAAUUCCCCAGGCCUUCAUGUGCAACAUAUGGGCCCAUCCCAUGGUAUUACAAGGCCUUCACCACGAAGAAGUAACAGCCCCGACAAAUUUAAACGUCCCACUCCUCCUCCUUCUCCAAACACGCAGACCCCAGUGCAGCCACCUCCGCCACCACCUCCACCACCUGUGCAACCUCCGGGUCAACCCACAGCAUCGCAGGCAGCCAAUUUUCAACAUUCAGUGCAUCCCUCCUCUCAGCCUUAGUGCAUGUGCUCAGCAAUCUCUAUGUCAGAAGUGGACUCAUAACACGGAGCAGUUUACUAAAAGCCAAAGGCUUACUUGGCAUAUUUGGAUUUGACUUAUUUGCACUGAGGUUAUAUAGGCUUCACUGUUAAUUGUGUUGUAAACGUUUGUAUAAAAUGCAGCCAGUGUUGUGGGUCUACAACACUAACUUAACAAAGUUUUCCAUCAGUGUUUACUUGAACUACAUGUAUGUCCAUUCUCUGGCUGGAACAUUUGCUAUUCUGUUUGGUAAUACGGCAUUAUGUCGUUUUGCUUGGCUCCAAAGCUUCAUUUUCCUUGCUUUUAGGUUUGUAAAAUUAAAGGGAUACCUUUUUAUAUUUUUUCAUGACAAUUUGCAGAAAAUGAAAGGCAUGAUGGGCUACAUGAUAAAUUCUGAAAUAUUACAGUGUUUACCAAGCUUAUGGAAGAUCACCAUGUUUCAGUCAUUUAAAAUAUCAGCUUCUAGUGCAAAUGUGAGUCAGACACCCUAAUCAAUGCCCAAGACACAAACUCUCUGAUAUAACAUAAGCAAAUAAGCUUAAUUCACAGAGGACACAUCCGUACUUCUCCUGUUCAAAAGCACCUCAAACGUAUGGUACAGUCAGAGCUUUACACUGAGGGAACUGGCUUGGAGUCUGUGGAAUGUACAAUUUGUGGACCUUAAGAUUUGAUGAUGUCACUUGACAUUUCUGUUAACCUGUAAGCUGCCCAUACCGUGUGCCCUGCCACAGUGACUGUUGGGAAGUGUGGCCCUGCCCACAGGUUACUGAGAGCUGAUUCAAGUGUGUGCUCUUGGAUUUUUUUUUUGCUGCAAGAAGGCGAUGUGAUUGUAGAGAACAACUGAUGCUAAUUUCUUUCUUGUUAAAAAAUAUUCAUUGUUAUUCCCCUGAAGCAAAGUUUGAACAGAUACUUUAAAUGUUCAAAUGUCUGUUAGAAAAUGAGAUGAGCAUAGACGAAUAUAUUGGCGUAACUGCCAAAACUUUGUAUUGCUUGGUAGAAACAGAGUACAAGAAAGUAGCACAACAUGGCACUAAUGAAUGCUUAUUUAGCAGCCUAAGCCGGUACAAUGUAUAAAGAAAUGUAUUCUGAAUACAUUCUUUCCAUUCAUUUAGCACAAAUAAAUUGGUUUCACUUUGCAGUGGAACAAAGUGUCACUUCUUGGUAUUGACAUCCUACUCGGUUACAUUUUUCCUGAGAUUCCUGUUGAGUACUGGGGUUUAUAUAUUAUUGAUGAUUUAAAAUGGUUUACCUCAUAUAUGUGAAUAUGUGGGCCAUGGAAAAUGACAAGAGAAUGUUUAUUUUAUGAGAAUAUGUAUCUGGCUAUAAUCAGAGCAGAACAUGAGUAAUUUAUCUUUUGUUUACAAAAGUUUGUUUGACAUGCCUAAUGCUUUAUUAAGGACAUUUUUAAGAAGGAAGUACAGCAUUCUAGUAGUAUACUAAUACUCGUACAUAUUUUGUCAUGUUUUCCACACACCUAUUCAGUCAGAAUUGCAAACUGAAAAUCUUUAUGAAAAUAGUGCUCUAAAUCAAAGUCGUAAGUUAAAAUAAUGUUGUAAAAUGUUCUGCUUAAGGCAAAAUUAGAAUUUUUUCACUGUAGCUAUGUAGCUCUGAGAGAAUUUAGAGAAAUGCAUAUAUAGUCUAUUACACUUCUUAAACCAAUGUGGGAUCAAGUGCAUUAUCAAAUUACAUUACAUUAAUAAUGGUAGUGACUCUGCAGUCAAUUUGUAAGAUUAUGGCAGACCUAAAAUUUGACCACUGCUUCCAUCUGAAAAUAACUGACCAUACCAGAUGCUCAGCUUUCCGUAGAGGAAACUCAGCUCUGAGCAUUACAAUUAAACAGAGCUCCUGAAUCAGUGAUAGGAUUGCAUGGGAGAAGGUGACAGGUAGUCCAAGGUGGGACUAAAGUCAAGACAGGAUCAGCUUAGUUUGUUGCUUGUCCUUUUGUAAACAUAAAACAAAGAAAAAAGAAUUCUUUAUUAAGUAGGAUUCCAGCUCAAGUAUCCCAGAAUUUGAAAUGGUGCCCUCCUUUCUGAAGUGCUUUGAGAUCCUUGGAUGUACAGCUCUGUGGAGGGCAAUCUCAUGGUGCUGGUAGCACAAAUGUGGGUGGAAAGGGAAGAGCCUUUGAUGGGGUUUUAAGAUCUCAAAAUGGAAAAUUGCAUAGAAUAAUUUACAUUUUAAGCAUAUUCCAAAACUGAAUUUGUGUAACCCAAGUUCAGCUGCUGUUAUAAAGUGUCUUAGUGAAUUCUCCUUACUGUUCCAGUGGGACUAUUACCAGAAGAAAGUAAAGAACUGACAAAUGUAUACUAAACCUUGGAAGUGUAAAAAGGCACUAAACUGGCCUUAUCGAACUAAGAACGUUGAACAAACAUUUGCUUGCAAUCAGAAGUGUUAAAUUCUAUUUGUAGACUUUUUGAAUAAGAUGAGAAAUUGUGCACAACCAUCUCCUAAUAAAUGUAAAUGGAUUUUCAGUUCUCCUUGUGAA